AUGAGCUUCCUGAACGCCCCCAGUUCACAAGAUGUCGUCUUGUCGCAGCGUGCCUCUCGUCGGGCGGACCAGACGGCAGCCGUCAAGGACCUAGAGAACACCAUUGCUAGGUUCCACGCGAUCUUGACCGACGAUGACCGAAAGAAUCUGCAACAGCUAAAAACCGAGCCCCACGAUGCGCAAUCCAUCAUCAUGUUUACAGCAAGCCUCGAUAGGUUCGAUCCAAAGCGUAGAGGCAAAAGUGUCGCUUCAAGGCUGGCAUCAUUCCUGCAGACGAUUGAGCAGUUCACUCCCAUCGUUGAUACCUACAUCCAGUCCAAUCCUGAGAUAGCGGCACUGGUCUGGGGGUCUGUUAAGCUCACCUUCCGGUUACUCGCCAACUUCACAUCCUACUUCCAGUCCUUUGUCGAGCUCUUGUCUGGCUUUGGGACAUUGUGUUCUAGGUUUGCCGAGUACCAAGUCAUCUUCAAAGACUCCCCCAGACUCAAAACAUCCAUCUGCGCGUUUCACUCUUCCGUCGUCAAUUGCUGCGAAAAGAUCGUCCUAGUGACACGCCGACCAAUGAAAUCGCAAGCAUGGAUGGCUAUUACUCAAUCCUUCCAAAGUGAAAUCCGAGGUUAUGUUGACGACAUCAAGUCCAAGGCCGAGAUUGUUCGGGAUGAUAUCCAACUCGCGAAAGCCCAAAGUGACAGCGAGGAGCACCAGUUGCAAGCAAAAGCACGGCAGAAGUCAGAGGAGAGUCACGGUCGCAUCUCUUCCUUGUUGACAAAGGCUAGGUCAGAAAUGAGACUCAUUGGUGACCAGGGAAUACGAGGGACUGCAGAACAACGUCGACGUCGGCUUCUAAAGGACCUGUCGUCGCAUAACUAUACAUCCGCAUUCAACAAUGCGCGUAACAAGCGACAUCUCGGAACGGCGGAGUGGGCAUUCAACACCGACCAAUUUCAGAACUGGCUCACGGGUGAUGGACCAACAGUUCUUCAUGUCACAGGCAAAAUUGGAUCUGGAAAGACAAUAUUGGCGUCUUCGAUCGUUGAACACUUGUGCCAGAUCAGACAACCCAAUCAGUUCAUCUCAUUCUUCUUCUCCAGAUUCGACAACACGACAACUUUAGCUUCAGACACUAUAAUCCGCUCACUGAUUCAACAAUUGCUAUCCGUGGCUCCUAUGGAAACGAUGAACCAAACUCUCGCAUCCGAGAUCACUAGCUGCCUUCAAAAAGCCCAAGACAACUUUUUCUCCCUCGAUACUCUGGUGGAGCUGUACCAAGCGGCUUCCAAAUUCGCACAGGACUGGUUUAUUCUUCUUGAUGGUGUGGAUGAGUGCGAGUCCGAACAACAGCUGCUACUGUACAACUUCUUAUCUCGUCUCCUUGACACUUGUUCAGGACCACAGCGAAUAAAAAUCCUGAUCUCGAGUCGGGAAACGACAAAACAAGACAUCGGGAGGUCAUUUGGUUCUGUGGAAAGGCUAAUUACUGGCACUUCUAAUACAAGCGCCGACAUUGUUGCCUUUGCCGAAGACAUCAUUGUCGCAAAGCGGCUUAGAGGCGAGUUGGUUGUGAGAGAUGAAGCCAUCAUUGAUGAAAUUCUCGAUGCAAUUGCAUCCAAGGAAGAAGGAAUGUUCCUAUGGGCAUUCCUGGCUAUUGAAGACAUUUGUUCUGGCACAAACGACAAGGAGAUCAGAAAAGCGCUUCAAGAGAUCCCAACAGACCUUCCGGCAACAUUUGAUCGUGCGUUGAGUCGAAUCACGAAACGGCGUAACCAAACUAUUGCUAGCAAGAUAUUUGGAUGGACAGCAACUGCUUCUCAGCCAUUAACCUUGACCCAACUUCAGGAAGCUCUCUCCGUCGAGGUUGGCCAGCGCAACUUGCAUCCAGAUGACCUGGUCAGCGGUAUGGACCGUAUUACCGUCUGGUGUGAGAAUCUGGUGUGUGUUGAAGAGACGGAUCACACAGUCCAUUUCAGUCAUCACUCCAUUCGGGAAUACCUUCUCCAGCCCGAAUCCGGCGACCUGAAAGAUUUUCACGUUGAUCUUGAAGAGUUUGAUCAGCAUGCUGGCGAGGUCUGCAUCACAUAUCUAAAUCUCGAGAACCUGAAAACAGCACUCAUUGACAGCGAAAAGGCCGAGCCUCCCCCAGUUGUCACAGUCGCCAUGGAAGGCUUGAGCGAGCAGAUAGUCCGAACAGCGGUUGGUGGAAGUAUGGGUGCCCGAAUCGGCCGCUGGACAAGCCGUAUAGUCAAGUCUAGCGCACGUUCAGUCAAGCCUUCGGCAGGUGAUAUUGCAAUCUACUCGACUCCUGGGAGUGUUCGCCAUGCGCCUCCGGCUUCGAGAGGGAUUGAGUAUGCUUUUCUCGAAUACGCCGACGACAACUGGUUUCGGCACAGGACUCGCCUUGUUCAUGCUUCUAUCCGUGAUCCUAACCGAGCCGAGAACAACAUGUGGCAUCUCGUUGGCCGGCUUCUCAAGAGCCCUCGUCAAGGGGGAAACCUGCCUUGGAAAGACUUGUGUUGGCGGGAGUCGAUCACAACGCGUGACUAUAAUCACCUGCAACCGCGCGGUCCACCUGGAUCUUUCGUUCCCCCAGGAUGCUUCUUCAUGCCUUAUGAAACGGAGAGACAUUUGCAAGCCCAGUUAACGCCGGAACCGAUGAGCGACCUCACACCCAUUGGUAGCCUCCCUUUCCUGGCCGUCUACGCUAUUCGAAACCAUCGUGAGAGCCUGGCCUGCCGCGCUUUCAUGACAUUUAUAAAACAGCGCCCAAGUUCUCCCGUAACCAAGUGGCUCACGUUGUUCCUGGCACUGGAAGGGAAGCACUCAGAUUGCUCAAAUCACUGCUUCGCUCGACUGCAAAAGCAUCUAUCUCAUUAUGAUCUGGUCCAUAUUAUUGUACUUUGCAUCGCCGCUGGGGUUUCGCACUGGCCCGCCUCCGCCUCCGAGGGAGUUAUCGACGACGACCAGCACAGGCAAUGCUCUACGAAUAGAUUUCUGGAUUUCUGCAAGUUGAUACCGACGGGCUACAUCGCGGGAGAUGUUAUGCGUAUUCAAGACUUUGCCUUUGUGGCGUUGUGCGCCCUCACCAAAGCAAACGUUUCUCAUCUUCCAGGCUUAUUGCAUGGAUCUAGCAAACCUCUCACUGCGCGGACAAGCAAUAACAUGUCCCUUGUUGACGUUGCGGCAGAACAAAAUGACAUGGACAGCCUCCGUUUUUUAGUGUCAUUCUUCCAACCCAACGCCUUGAAAUUGGAUGGAUCCCCAUUCUUCGACAUCGCUAUACACCGUGGAGAGAUGGAGAAACUAGCGUUGGGCGGUCUCUGCACUGCUUUACGGAACGCCUCGAGUGACAGCGCAAAGCUCUUAUUCGAACAAUGCGUUGAUCUAUUCAGAUCCGAAGAGGCAGGCCAGCUUGAACAACUAGACAUUAUUAAUCUCCAUCAAGCACUGUCCCAAGCAGCCGUGUUUGACUGGCCGUUCGACACCAUCAAGAACAUUUUGUCAAUGUUUUUCGAAGCGAUAGUUGCCAGGUGGGAUAGGGAAGAACAAGUGAGUCAUCUCAUCGAAGAAUCAGUCAGGGCCGACAAUUGGAAAUUCGCCGCUGCCGUGGUCGACGCGGCUUCAGACCUUCAAUUCAAUUGGGCAGGGAGUGACGAUCCUUUCUUCCAAAUGACCCUGGACGCGUUGAGCUGUCAGCAAUGCCGGUGGAAACAAUCCUGGCCUGAGCCCACGGACACGCGGCUUUUGUUCGCUGACCAACGGUACAAGUUGUGCCCCAAGCAUAACCAGCAGGCCGUGGCAACACUGGAUCCAGGACUAUAUCUCACCCCUGACAACGGGUCGUUGAAACUGGCGCCUUUGAAGCAGUGA